GGUAUUUCAUCUUCAAGGCAUUUCCUUCUAUGCAUACAGGUAUUCCCUGAUUAGGAGGAAAAAAAUAGUAGAACUCUUUGAAAAUGGACAUUCUCCCAUGUUUUUCUUCAGAUGAAAAAGCCAUCAGUCACUGAAAUAAGGGCUUGAAGUUCCUUCCUCUUUUUUUUGUGUCUUAAGAACAGGAAACAAAGUUUGGCCAGGGCUGGGUUCGAACCUGCCACCCUUGGUAUAUGGGGCCAGCGCCCUUCUCACUGAGCCACAGGUGCCACCCAAGAGAUGAAGAAUUUUAUAAGAAAUGAAGAGGAUACUUGGGGUGGAGCUCUCAAUCUCGUUUUACCCUACUCUGGCCUAAAUGUGUAAAUUACUGAAGUGAUGAUGGGAGUGGGGAGAACAAUGCCUUAUUUGGGCUGGUUAUUUCUUUGGCUUGUCACAGGAGAGAGGAUGGAACGAUUUAAUAGUUCAGAUUGUUACACCAAAAAUCUCCUUUGGAUACCUUCUUCAAAGAGUGAAGAAGAAGAGUUUAUCUUAUUUUGUGAUUUGCCAGAGCUACAGAAAUCACAUUUCUGUCCUGGAAGGCAAUGCUUACCAGCACAAGCCUCUGAACAUCUGCCCUGUGGGGGUAGUAAGGACCUAUCUGAUGUCCAGUGGUCCCUACAACUUCAGAAUGGAGACUAUUUACAGGACAUUACAGAAAACUCUCCUCACAUCCACCAGGAGAAGAAUAGCCUUCAUUUUUUGACCCGAGAUAUGAAUAUUUCUGGGUCCUAUGUUUGUAGACCCAGGAGCAGGAGCCCUCAGGAUGUGGCCUGUUGUGUCAAGACAGUCUUAGAAGUUAAGCUUCAGAAAAAUGCAUCUUGUGAUAACUCAGUUUUACAUACGCAAUACCUACUUCUCGGUAGCAUUAGCUCCAUUCAUUGCCCCAGUCUCAGCUGCCAAAGUGGUGUACAAAGUCCAGAGGUGACCUGGUAUGAGAAUGGAAGACUCUCUGAACAAAGGAGCAACCCACUGGUAGUGGGUGAAGUUUAUGACUAUCACGAAGGCACAUAUGUAUGUGAUUACACUCAGUCAGAUAAUGCAAGUGUAUGGACAGUCAGAUCUGUUGUUCAAGUGGUAACCAUUGUGAAAGACACUAAUUUCAAACCUGAUAUCCUGGAUCCAGUCAAGGACACACUGGAAGUAGAACUUGGAAAGCCUUUAACUAUUAGUUGCAAAGUACGAUUUGGCUUUGAAAGGAUGUCUAAAUAUAUAAUAAGAUGGUAUAUCAAAGAUUCUGAACACGAGUGGGACAUCUUGGAGUGUGAGAACAAAAGUAUUAGAUCCACUCUAGGGGAUGAAGUCUUUGAGUGUGAUGUCAUUUUGAAGAAAGUUACUCAACGUGAUCUUCGCAAGAAGUUUGUUUGCUUUGCUCAGAACUCCAUGGGGAAUAGAACCAGGUCCAUCCAACUUAAGGAGAAGAGAGGAGUGCUGCUCCUGUAUGUCCUGCUCGGCACUGUCGUGACUCUGGUGGGUGUGCUGGCGGUGAGUGUGCUCCUUUACCAGCACUGGAUUGAAAUAGUGCUGCUCUUCCGAACCUACCAGAGUAAGGACGAGACGCUUGGGGAUAAAAAGGAAUUUGAUGCUUUCAUAUCCUAUGCAAAACGAAGCUGUUUUGAGAGCGAGUCGGCCUCAUCUGUGAGUGAAGAAUGCUUGGCCCUUAAUCUUUUCCCUGAGGUUUUAGAAAACAAAUAUGGAUAUACCUUGUGUUUGUUUGAAAGAGAUGUGGCCCCAGGAGGAGUGUAUGCAGAAGACAUCAUGCAUAUUAUUCAGAAAAGUAGAAGAGGAAUAUUUAUCUUGAGCCCCAACUAUAUCAAUGGACCUUGUGUCUUUGAAUUACAAGCAGCUGUGAAUCUUGCCUUGGCUGAUCAAACACUAAAACUCAUUUUAAUUAAGUUCUCUUCCUUCCAAGAGCCAGAGUCUCUACCUCAUCUUGUGAAAAAAGGUCUCAGGGUUUUGCCCACAGUCACCUGGAAAGGCUUAAAAUCAGUCCCUCCCAAUUCCAGGUUCUGGACUGAAAUGCGCUACCACAUGCCUGUGAAAAACUCUAAGGGAUUCUCGUGGAACCAACUCAGAAUUAUCCCAAGGUUUCUCAACUUAGAAAGGACUCAGUAAAAUAGCAGCCACUGGGAGGAGCUCCCAGCCCAGGCAAUGGUGGAGCCAGCCCUGGCCCACCUCCCCUCUAGUCUCACAGAUGGAGAUCAUUGCUGGACAGGACACACAGUGUGGAUCAGGCCAGUAGGAAAUUGAAACCGU